GUUACAAGACCUCGAAACUUUCUUGUGUACUUCUAAAUUCUAGUUUUUCUAGUUUCUUUUAUAUUGAAAUCCUACUUAAGUUAUUCUAGUUUAAAGGUAAACCAACUGGGCAGUUUUUAUAAUGAACUGUAUCGUUGAGUAGUGUUUUAGUUAACAAGGAAUAAGGAAUUGAAAUGGUACCUCAACAACAACGAAGAAGACGACGUCGGGCGGCUUUAGUGCGUACUGCUGAGCGUCGGGUUAUUGUAGCUCGUGGUUCUGGUGGGUUCGGCUUCACUAUAGCCGGUCAGAGACCAUGUAUAGUAUCAGCAGUUGCUGCGGGGGGUCCGGCAGAAAGAGCUGGACUCCGGGCUGGUGAUGCGCUGCUCGCAGUGGACGGUACCAGUGUAGCUCGAGCUCCUCAUGCUUCUGUGGCUAGAAUGGUGGCUGCGGCGCCUGGAGCCAUAUCACUCAGUGUUGCGUUAAGAGAAUCUGCCCCAACUGAUACCGAGGAUACUGAGCCCGAAGAGAGAGCAAGAACAAGAAGGAGGUAUCCGCCGCCUCGAAGAAGACCUCAGCAAGCUAUGAUGCAUCAUCCAGGCUGUCACGCAGCACCAAGUACAUCUGGAGUGAAUGAAAUCCUCCAAAACCUAAGUAGAGCUCAGCUCACACCGAACCAUGCUGCACGUUUAGAAUGUCGUGCCGUUGUUGGUUACCUGGGCACUAUCGAAACACCACAAGCCACCGCAGCUGCUGCCCCAAGCAACGUGCGUAACGCAGUCAAGAAGCUGAGGCAAGAACGUCGGCCUGCUACACCUGUUUUGCUCUCUGUACUACCCAACGCAUUACUUCUUCGACGGCCAACAGGUCAAGUCCUAGCUCAAUAUCCCCGGGAACGCAUUGUCUACGCUGGUUGUGGCUCAGAAGCAGACAGACGUUACUUCGGCUUGGUAACUGCUGCAGAAAUAUCCGGCAUAGAAACUGAAGCAUCUCACAGCUGCCAUGUGUUCGCUGUAGAUUCCAGGAUGGCGGAACAUGAAGCACACAUCAAUAGAGCGAGGGACUUUCAAAUCGUCUGCACCAGAGAUCCUGUCGCUGAAAGAUGCUUAGAAUUUCCGCCUUCUGCUGAAUAUGUGGUCGGCGUCAUACGAGGCAUGUACUCCUUACCGCCCGACGAUUGUGUUAGCCCUAACUUACAGCAAAUAUCGAAAUUAACGGUGAAGGGAGAUAGUCCGGCUCUGGGAAACUUUUCGAGAUGUAACAGACCAGUGUUCAGGGCGCAGCGAGAUAGGAGACCGUGCAGACAGGAGGAUCAGAGAAUAGACGUGCCAGAGUUUGUUGCGAACUCUCCCCAGCCGAGCAACCACAGCGAAGUGACCACGACUUCUAGUAAUAGCGACUCCGGGAUCGGAUUCCAUAAUGACUGUCGGAAUAUUGCCGAUAGAAUACUAGUGGUGGAGUUCGCGGGGCAGCAGCCGCCGCCGAGCAGGUUCCGUCAGGAGAUGCCGCGCCGCCCGAUGGGGCUAGUUGGCUGCAGUAGCUUCGACAACGACGGCUCCUUCCUCUCGAACACGACGCCCGUAGUGGACGGCUUCGGCGGUCAGGGGAGACCGUUGAAUCUGGAUGACGUCAUCCUAAACGCGAACGACUUGCCUCGGCCCGUGGGUCAGCGCACCGACGAGGACAGCUACAACUACAACAACCUAUAUGGGAAUCUCCCAUCGAGUUCUCGGAGCUUCCACGGGGUGGUGUACGAUCAGGUUUACACGGAGAACGAGGGGCACUACGAGCUGGUUCCCCAGGAGUUGGACGAUAUAGAUCGAGUGGCGGAGACGUUUAACUCUGUGGAGAUAUACGAAGACAGGACGCGACACCCACCCGACUACCACUCCAACGAGUCUGUGGAGAAUGUGACCGUGGUGUCGGGGAGGAGUGCGGCGAGUGCGGACUCUGUGUCGGUAUAUUCGUCGCGCAGUCACGAGGAGGCGCGACCGCGGCGUCGUCAUCUGCAGGCCUCACUCGACGACAUGCUGGUGCUGGGCCUGCGCGAUCCCCCGCCACCUGACAAGGACGACGGCAAGUUUCUACAUCCAGCCAGCGUUAAAUGCAAGCUCCGCAAGUCGAAGCCUUUGAACAUUCUGUCCAAGACGAAGAACAUGCUGACGGGCAAGGAGUCUCGUAGUGGAGACAAGGUACGGGAGCGGGAGGGCGAGGCUGAGGGGCGGCGGCGCGCGCUGAGCGCGAGUGCGGGUGAUGUGUCCGCAGACCAGCCUGAUGCCGCGCCACUGCCCGCAGCCGCCAGCGAGCCCGACCUGCGCGAUCAGAGCGAGCAGUCGUCGCCAUUCCGGCGCUGGACGACGGGCAGCGGCGCCGGCAGUUCCUACCGCCACCACGACCAUCGCAACAUGUAUAGCAAGCAAAUGAGCGAGGGGUCGGGCGGCGUGGGCGGAGUCGGGGGCGUAGGGGGUGGUGGCGGCGCGGGGGGCGUGGCGCGCUGGUCUUUGGGCCUGGAGCAGCUGCUGGCGGACCCCGCGGGUGCCGCAGCCUUCGCCCACUUCCUCGCCAAGGAGUUCGCCGCCGAAAACAUACGUUUCUGGUGGUCAUGCGAGCAGUACCGUGUGAGUGGGGCCGGUGCUCGUGAGAGGCUGGCGGGGGAGAUCUGGUCGCGGCACUUGGCUGACGGUGCACCGGAGCCCGUCAACGUGGACGCCGCCGCGCGCCGCGCUGCAGCUGCGCGUACGCAUCUUCAGCCACCGCCCGAUGACCUCUUUCUGCAGGCUCAGAAGCAGAUCUUCAAUGUGAUGAAGUUCGACAGCUACCCCCGCUUCUUGCGGUCGGGGGUGCACGCGGAGUGCGCACGCGCCGACCUGCGCGGUCUGCCCCCGCCCUAUGCCCCCGCAGGAGAGGACGCCACGCCCACUAAGUUAAAAAAAUCAGCAUCGAAUGCAUCAGAACGUCGUCGCAGUGGAGGUGCGUCGUUGCUGCCGUGGAAGUUGCGGGGCGUGUCCCGCGAGCGUGUUGAGCGUGACAAGAGUGACAAAAGUGACAAGAGUGACACGUCACGUGACAACAGGAACGAGAGAGUAGAACCACCUACUUUAGCUGAUGUGGUGAAGUCAGGUACGCAGGGUGCGAGCUCCCUGUGCCGCGUGGUGUUGCCGGAUGGGGCGACGUCAGUGGUGGGUGUGGAGGAGGGCGUGGUGGUGCGACGUAUUGUAGACCGGCUGCUGCAGCGCCGCAACCUGCCCGUGCUCGCGUACGACGUACUGCUCAGAGAUGAACAGGGCGUGUGGCGCAGUAUAGACGUGGGCGCGGGGUCUGAGGUGCUGUCAGGGCGCGAGGUGCGCGUGGAGCGGCGCGUGGUGCUGCGGCUGGCUGUGGGCGCGCGCGUGCUGGCCGUGCGGUGCAGAGCUGCGCGCCCACUGCGCCAUGUACUGCGCCCUGUACUGCGCCGCCACGCCCCCGCAGCACGCGCAGUGCUGCGCAAUGGACGACCUCUCAACCCGGACACGCCCGUACAUGAGUUGGACGGAGCUCUGCUAGAGAUAGUGGAGUCGUGUGAGGGUGUGACAGGGGCGGGUGUGGGCGUGGUCGGGGGUGUGGUCGGGGGCGUGGCCGGGGGUGCGGAGCGCGACGAGGACGCCGACUCGUUGUCGGACCUCGCCGUGCGUCUUCAAGAAGACGCCGAUCAGAUGAGCGUGUCUAGUCGUAAUAGAGGGGAGUGCGGUGGAGUGGGGGUGGUCAACACGACUAACACUGCAGCAGGCAGCAACGGCAACGGCAGUAGCGGCAACGUGAGCAGUGCCGGCAGCAGCAGCAGUGCGGGGGCUGCGGGGGCUGCGGGGGCGGCGCCCGAGGCGGGGCGAGUGCGCGCCGCCCUCAGGCCCGGCCCACCGCUGCACCAUCAUCCACCAGAAUUUCUCGAGAAUUUACGAGAAAAGCAGCGACAGAGACAAAAUCCUCGUACCCCGCCCCCGCUGCCACCCAAACCCGCCCAGAGGACUGCGCCCACCGUCGUCUGACCGCAUCACAACACCUCUAUUGCAUUGAAAUAGAGUCCAUUUUGCGAUGGACAUUACCCAGCCUAUUGAAAGGCUCGGAAGGUCAUUUUAUAAUGGUUGUGUUGCACUUUCUCAAUAAAAUGAUAUGCGACAUCCACUUUAAGAAGAUACUUGAUGUCACAGACAGUGGUAUAAGUGAUAAAGAAUUAUUGAGUUAUGAACUUUACAGUGAUGUGUUAAAAUAUGUUUUUGUGUGUGUAUGUGAAGAUUUUUUUUUGUAUAGAAACAGUAAAG